AUACAAUUGUUGGCAUUCAAAUCUCAUUGAUAGAUGCUUGGUGACAAUUGAUGGAUGCAACAACGUGCAAAUGCAUGACAUGAUCCGUGACAUGGGAAGAGAAAUUGUUCGUCGCGAAUCAGAAGAUCCUGGAAAACGUAGUAGAUUAUGGCGCCAUAAGGAUUCUUUCGAAGUAAUGAGGGAAAAGAAUGGUACAAAAAAAAUCCAAGGUCUUGUCCUGAAUAUGCGUAUGCAUCCUGCAAACAGUCCAAUAAACACAACUGAGACAGUCUUGGAAACCAAUGCAUUUGAAAAGAUGCGCAAAUUACAACUACUACAUCUUAGUCAUGUACGACUGGAUGGAUGUUAUGCAGAUUUGCCUACAGGAUUAAGAUGGUUGUGUUGGCUUCAAUUUCCUUUGGAUUCUAUACCUAUUGAGUUUCCUUUGGGGUGUCUAAUUGUUCUUGAAAUGCAAUACAGUAGAUUGAGACAAGUCUGGAAAGGAAAAAAAUUUCUUCCAUCGUUGAAGAUCCUUGACCUCAGCCAUUCCCAUGCCCUCACUGAAAUCAUGGACUUCUCACUUUGCCCCAGUCUAGAAGAAUUGAUUCUUGUUGAUUGCACCAGCCUGAUUGAUGUUCAUGAAUCCAUUGGAAACCUGGAGAGACUCGUGUACUUGAAUAUGAAGGAUUGCAAGAAUCUUAGGAUGCUUCCGAAGAACGUGUGUUUUCUUAAAUCACUUGAAACACUCAUUUUAUCUGGUUGCUCAAAUCUUGAUGAGUUUCCAGUGGAGAUGAUGAAGAAGAUGGAGUCUCUAAAAGUUCUUGAAAUAGAUAAAAUUCCAAUAAGAGAAUUAUGGCCAGAAAGAAGUUCAACUAUCUUGAGUUCUUUUCCAUGCUCUUUAGUAGAGUUGAAUCUUAGUAGGUGCAAUCUUUCUGAAGAUGCCUUUCCUACGGAUUUAAGUAAUCUAUCCUCAAUACGAAGACUAUAUCUAGAUAAGAAUCCAAUUUGUAGCCUACCAGUUUUCAUCAAAGGUUUGAGGAGGCUCGAUUCUCUCUCUUUCCAGAGUUGUACGAGGCUCAAAUCGCUUGUGGGGUUACCGAGAAUACACAAAAAUAUGAAUGUAUCCUUUUGCAAAUUAUUAAAAAAAGUAACAUAUCAAUCGUUAUGGUUCCAAGAAGAGGCCUUUGUGGAAGACAACUACAACAUGGUUGAGUGGGAGUACUAUUUCAAAUUAGAGCUUAUUGAUAGAGUUGAUGUGGAAAUGAUCAAACUUUUGGGCUUGUGCAACUUGGAAUCCAUGCCUGCAAUACGAAUGAACAGCGAUCUAUUCUCAUGUUCAAAAGUGAGUCCUGUCCAGGGACUGUAUCAAUUUGGUAUAUUCAGCACAUUUUUUGUUGGGAAGGAGGUUCCAGGCCGGUUCAGCUAUAAAAGUACCAAGUCCUCCAUAUCUUUUAGUGUCCCUUUACUCCCUUCUAGUCAUAGAAUCCGAGGCUUGAACAUCUUUGCUACCUAUGCAAACGAGGAGGAUUCUGAUAAUGAUGAUUUUCCAAUAAUAAUCAAAGUGAGUAACAAGAGCAAGGGUUUGAAGUGGAUCUAUUUCCCAUUAUUCUAUGGUAUCCCAGGUGACGGAGAAGAUAUGAUAUGGUUGAGCCAUUGGAAGAUGGAGAACGAAACAAUAUUACAAUGUGGAGAUCAAGUGGUGGUUUCAGUAAUGGCCGGACCAGAGAAGUUGUUUCGUAUAAAGGAGUUUGGUGUCGAGCUUAUGCAAGAGCACCAGAAUAAUAUGAUGAUAAGUACUCAACAUAACACCAAAUCAGAUCCUAAUUAUCCAAAUGUCUUCGGUGGAGAUUUGUCCAUGUGGGAGCAUAUACCAGGAAUAUACUUCCUUGGUUUCGAUGACAAAAUUGUUGAAGUGAAAUGGUUUAAUCACCUCAUCAUGGACGUUGAUGAAGGAGACACAGAGAAAGAAGGGCAGGAGGAUGAACCUGAUUACACAGUUUUAAGGACAAGGGCUGCCAGUAACAACUGUGGCCUCAGAGGCUGGAAGGUGCUCGUCACAGCUGCCGGAUUAUUUUUCACGCUUGCUCUUGUAGUUCGGUCCUCCAUCUCCCAGAAAGAGAAGCGACAAUAGUCCACAAGCCAUCCAUGAGUUUGUAAUUUUAUUCGAUACAGACAUCUUUGGGUUCCCUCCUUGUUUUCAAGAUGUUUUCUGCCUUCAAAAUAUCGAAGUUUCCAGAUGCGUUCAACAUCA